AUGUCUAAAAAAUUGACAUCUCAGAAGUAUCUGGGGCAAUUUCCUGAUCAUAUACAUCCACAUAUUGUUGACAUUAUUGAAGUGUUAGGAGAUGGAAAUUGUGGUUUUAGAGCUGUUGCAUAUUUACUUGGUUACACAGAGGAAGGUUGGCCCAUAGUCCGCCGAGAGUUACAUGAUGAGCUGACAAAUAAUAACAGUUUGUAUGAAAAAUUAUUCAGACAAGGUUUACAGGGCGUUAGAGAUUCGCUGGUAGCAAAUAGAUGGUUCACCGUACCUGCUAUGGGUUACUUGGUAGCAAAUAGGUAUAAUGUUAUUUUAGUCACGUUGGGUAAACCUAGUCAGACCUUCUUUCCUAUGAUGACUUCAUAUUCCUCUUCAGCAAGGUUUUUUUGUAUCGGUUUUGUCGGUGGAAAUCAUUGGGUGCCGGUAAACAUGUCAAAGGGAUUUCCGUUGCCCGAAGUUACAGCUGAUUGGAAGAAAUUUCGUUCACAUCAGGCAACAUCUUGGAUGUCAAACUUAAAAGGACGCCUACAAUAUUGGCAACUUCUAAAUCCUCCGGUGAAACCUCCUAAUGGUGUUAUGUCUGUUGAUUAA